UGCCCUUCUAUUGGGUUUUGGCUUCUUUGGAUCAAUUUCUUGUAUUAGCCCUUCCCCUCCCCCCCCCUCUCUCUCUCUCUGGGUAUGCCUGGGAGGAUGAUGGAUUCGUUCACUUGAUAGGAAAAGGAAAAGUUUGUAGAUCGUUCACGCGCGUCUAGAAGCUCAGGAGGCCUCCUUCGGUUCGAUAUCACCGUGAAAUUUCGAGUUUUCCCCCCGAAGCGAAUUUGGUAUUGAAGGUUUCCAAUUUAUCUGGGCUCAGUUCAGGAAGCUGUUGAUUAGCUUACGUGAAGCUCGAUAUUAUUGCAGUCGUUCUCUCUUUUUAAGGUUUCUCUGUAGGGUUCAUUUUGUUUAGGAAACUGUUGAAGAUUCAUUGUAAUUGCAGUCGGGAAAUUGAGUUUUCUGCAGGGUUUUUAGGCAUUCUGCCUAGUGAAUUUGGUAAUGUAAGAUAAGAUUGGAAAUUCAAUUAUUUUUAAGAUGCAGUUGAUUAACUUCUGUGAAAUUUGGUUUUAUGGUGGUGAACUCUAUCCUUCGUUACAAUUGAUUUCCGAGGGAAUGUUUCUCUAUAUAGGUGUGAUGCUGUAUGAUUAAUGGCAAUUGCCCUUGUUUCCAUAUGCAGAUAUAAACGAUGCAUUGUAAAGGAUUCUCCGAUUUCUACUACUAUGAUGAUGGUUUUGAUCAUGACGAUGCUUAUGACUAUGGCUAUGACAUAGAGGAUCAUGUCGAAGCUGCUGCUCCUAAAACCAAGGAGGAAGGUUCCCAUCAAGGGAUUUGGCGAUGUGCAGUCUGUACAUACGAUAAUGAAAACGUCAUGUCCGCUUGUGAUAUUUGCGGUGUUCUUCGGCAUCCCUCUGUUGGCAAUCAAACUACCAAUAAGACUGCAGUUGAAGGCCUACCCAGAGAAUCCAUGGUAUCCAAGAUGGCCAAGUCUCUUUUUGAGCCAGUGGUGUCUCAUACACAAAAAAGGGCUGUCCUAUAUCCACGGGAACAUAAUAAUCUUGUGAUGGACCGGGGACCUCUGCCUGGAAGUGCCGGAGGGAAUAUUCAUGAGCUCUACAAGGCUUUUAGUUGUGAAAGAUCUUCUGUUAGUAUAGCACAUUUCAAGUUUGAUGCUCCAUCGCCUGAUGAUUUGGUUUCCAGUGGACUAAUGUCUUUGAAAACGGGUACAAAAGGUGGUUCAAGCAUGAGACUGAAAGAGCAAAUAAAUAGUGCCGAUGAGCAGAAAUCUUUGAAGAACGGAAGUGGCGGUUCAAAAAGAUGUUUCAGAGGUAGAGAGAAUAACAUUGAAGAUGAUAAUUGCUCCAAGGAUGGUGCUAGUGACAUAAAAUCAAGCAAAGUUUUGCCAAAAGCUAAACCAAAUAUUUCUGAGGAGGCAAGUUCUUCAGCUAAAACUAUGGAGGCAUCAGAAAGCCUCACUGGUAUGAGGAACGACUUGUCUUUGACGGGUCAAGCUCCAAAUUCUAGUAAUGUUAGAAAUAGAAGACCGAGAUCAGAAUCCAAGUACAAGCCGGAGGAGUGGAUACUUCCUGACAAAGAAUCAGAUACAUUAAGUCAACUUAAUCUUGCCAUUGUUGGGCAUGUAGAUUCGGGUAAGUCAACACUUUCUGGUAGAUUAUUGCAUCUGUUGGGAAGGAUAUCUCAGAAGCAAAUGCACAAGUAUGAGAAAGAAGCAAAGUUGAAGGGCAAAGGAUCCUUUGCCUAUGCUUGGGCACUGGAUGAGAGUGCUGAAGAGAGAGAACGAGGAAUUACGAUGACAGUGGCUGUUGCCUAUUUCGAUACCAAGAAACACCGUGUUGUCUUGCUCGACUCUCCUGGACACAAAGAUUUUGUUCCAAAUAUGAUAGCCGGAGCAACACAAGCAGAUGCCGCGAUUCUUGUCUUAGAUGCGUGUGCAGGAGCUUUUGAAGCUGGUUUCGAUAAUUUGAAAGGCCAGACAAGAGAGCAUGCACGAGUUCUUAGAGGUUUUGGGGUCGAGCAGGUUGUGGUGGCAGUCAACAAAAUGGAUACUGUUGGAUAUUCCAAGGAUCGAUUUGAUUCGAUUAAACAGCAAGUAGGGACAUUCUUGCAUUCUUGUCGUUUUAGAGAUUCAUCUCUAAUAUGGAUUCCAUUGAGUUCCAUGGAAAAUCAAAACUUGGUGACAGCUCCAUCUGACAGCCGUCUAUCCUCAUGGUACCGAGGCCCGUGUUUAUUGGAUGCUAUCGAUUCUCUGAAAUCUCCCGCUAGAGAUUUCACUAAGCCUCUGCUUAUGCCCAUAUGUGAUAUCGUACGAACAAGUAAACAAGGGCAGGUUUCUGCCAUUGGCAAACUGGAAGCUGGAGCUGUUCGGACCGGAUCCAAGAUAUUAGUCAUGCCAUCGGGAGAUGUCGGGACAGUGCGGUCUUUGGAGCGUGAUUCUCGGGCUUGUAGCAUCGCGAGAGCUGGAGAUAAUGUAGCGAUGACUUUGCAAGGGAUUGAUGCAAGUCAAGUGAUUGCUGGAGGCGUUCUUUGCCAUCUCGAUUUCCCAGUUCUAGUGGCAACUCGCUUGGAACUUACAGUGCUCGUCUUGGAAGGUGCAACCCCGAUUUUGAUUGGCUCCCAGUUGGAGUUUCAUGUACACCAUGCAAAGGAAGCAGCCAUAGUUGUGAGAAUUGAAUCAUUGCUCGAUCCGAAAACCGGGGAGGCCACAAAGAUGUCCCCUCGUUGUCUAACCGCGAAGCAAAGCGCAAUUCUCGAGGUUAGUCUUCAAGGACCUGUCUGUGUGGAGACAUUCUCGGAGAGCCGAGCUCUUGGAAGAGUGUUCCUUCGAUCUUUGGGAAGAACUGUCGCUAUGGGAAAAGUCACUAGGGUUAUCCAACACUGACCAAACUACACUCAUUUUCUGCGUUUGCGGUUGCGUUUGGGAUUGGGAUUCAGGCGGUUGGUUGUGAGCAAUGCAGAGGGAAGUGAAGAGGAAAUGCCAUUGCGUGAUUCUUGAAGAUCAACGGGACCCACCAUGCAGACAAGCUUUUAAAUGAUAGAUUGAUUCUACGUAUACAAAUUGAUAUGCAUUUGUUUUUAUUUUUCUAUGUAUAAUAUUGUAAUUGUAUAUUAGGAUAUAUAUGGUUAAUUAUUUCGGUUUGGUAAA